CCAGAUGAAAAUAUUGACAUAAUGCCACGAAGAGGAAAAAGGAAGUCUACUUUAAAUGGUAGAAAGCCCAAACUGCACUUCACAGAGAGCCCAGUGCAAAUCGAAAAUAACCCUGUGUCUCCUGUACUUGGGGCUGACAAUCCAGUGACGGCUAAAUCUAUUCCGCUAGAGGACUGCAGUAACAUAUCAUGGAUAUCGCCCAAUUUCAAAGAAAUCAGAAGCAAAUUCCAUUUGGGUGGAUGUCGGAGAAAUUUGAGAUUGCGAAAGACUAGCUGUACAACGACACAGCGACACAGAACUUCAAAAACAAGAUCAGGGCACCAGUGUAGUGACCAAGUGAAUAAUACAACAGGAAGAAGAACGCAGAAUAACAGAUGCAAAUAUAAACCACUGAUUUUUCUUCAAGAUUCAAACGAAGAAGAACUGGAAUCUGAACUCCACAGUAUUUCAGUUCACAACAGUCCUGAAGCGGAGAAAACACUGUUGCAAGGAAGUGAAAACUUUCAGGAUAAUAAUGCCAACUUCCACACACCUGUUUUCAGUAAAAAACAAACUUCAGCUAUUUCCAAUGAUUUUAAUGCCACCAUACAGGAUUGUGGUACAGAGCAUCUCCCUUGCUUGUGUCAGUCUCCGGAAACUAAAAACAGACAUUCCUGGGCUCAGAAACAAUGUGCAACCCUAUGUCCUGUACAUCAGCCAUUAAACAACAGUAGAUGCAUAAUAAAGACAUCAUCUAUAAAGAACCAUCAGUGUUCAGGGAUCUUGAAUUCUUUUUCACAGAAAUUAAACGGUUCAGAUUCAGGUACAUCUGUUUCACCAGGCAAUGAAAACUUGAGAAGGUCUCGACGUUUAAGAGAGAAAUAUCUCGAGGCUAUUAAAUUGAUCCAGUGUCCAUCUCCAAAAGGCAGUGGUGGGAAUGUGAAGGUUUUGGUUGAAGAUACGCCAGAGAGUGAAUAUCACAUCAGAUUGAAGAGAAGACAACUCCGGAAACUCGUAAUGCCAUUAUGAAUACAUUUUUCAGACACACUGAUUGACUGUUUUGGAAAAGGAUCUGUAACCUGUUAACUUGCAUGGAUUUCAGUAUAAAAAAAAGAAGAAAAUAGUUCACUGAAUCAAAUGAGAAAGUUGACGAUACUGCUUAUUGACAAGAAUAACCUUUGUGGCUACAGGUGUUGUUUGUUGAUAUUUAAUACCUAAUGAUUAAAUGUUGGGAUUCUGUACAAGAAUUGGUA